GCAGGGAUGAACGGCUCCUCGGCGGGGCUCCCGGCGGGGCUGAACGGAUCCCUGGGGGCUCCGGCGGGAUUGAACGGAUCCCCGGCGAUGCCGGCGGCCCCGAACGGCUCCUCGGCGGCGGCGGCGGGGCUGCUGGCGGGGGCCGGGGGCGCGGCGCUGGAGCUGGAGCGGGCGCUGCGCUGCUGCACCGCCGCCUCCGUGGUGACCGACGGCAGCGGCGCGGCGGCGGACGAGCGCAGCCUGUACAUCAUGCGCGUGGUGCAGAUCGCCGUCAUGUGCGUGCUGGCCCUCACCGUGGUGUUCGGCAUCUUCUUCCUCGGCUGCAACCUCCUCAUCAAGUCCGAGGGCAUGAUCAACUUUCUGGUCAAGGAGCGCCGCCCGUCCAAGGAGGUGGAGGCGGUGGUGGUGGGGCCGUACUGACCGCGGCGCCGAGCCCGGGCUGCCCGCCGGACCGACAGCCGGACCGACUGACCGCAGGACUGACUGACCGCCCGCAGCCCUCCCGCGGACACGCGGGGUCGGCCCGGAGCUUUUCCUCCUGAAAACCAUCGGGCGAAUGGCUGCCGGCAUGCCGGAGGUCGGGAGAUGCUCGGGGCGGCCAGAGCCGCCCAUCCCGGCCCAUCCCGGUCCGGCCCGGUCCCGCCGCCCGUGGCUGCCGAAGUAAAGCGUGCUCUGAUGGCAACA